UUGGACCCUGACACUUGGAAAUUCCAGAACGGCAACCAUUACUCUAACGUGCACCAUACGAAGGAAUGGGUAGCAGGUCCGAAUGGUUACCUAUACCAAUUCCAUGCUGGGGAUCAGAGCUGGCUUGCGGCCAGGGAGUUUUGUCUCUCUCAAAACUCCGAUCUCGUUGUUUUGAGAGAUGGCGAGCAAAUUGACUGGCUUCUCGAUCACUACGCUCCGACGUAUGCUCGAUUCGCUGAGCGCUACAUUCAGAUCGGUCUAAUGAUUCCUGAUGGACCAAUGCGUGAGUGGACGUACUUGGAUGGUUCGAAAUACAACCAGUCCGUGAUCCCUUGGAUGUCGGGCGAGCCGUUCGAUCACUCAGCUGACGGGCUUGAGCGCUGUGCUCUCUUGCGUGUUCACGCACGCGUUCUCGACGAUGUAGACUGUGAGGCGACUCCACGCAAUCAGAUGCCUGUUAGAUUCAUCUGCGAACGAAGUGGUGCUCGCCAUAAGGAGCAACAACUGUCGAAAAACUUCAUCUGGGGAAAGCUGGAGCAACUAUUUGACUUCUUCGGCUUCGCCACUGCAAUUCCGCCAAAGAAGAGCAAUAUUACGGAUGACGACGAUGAUGAAGAUUACAUUGAUGCGAUCAACAAGUACAACGCCACUUCCACGGAGCGUAAGAUGUUGCGAAAACUUAAGGUAUUCGAGACCUCAAGCGAAGAAGAGCGUGAAGUGCUGGAAGCACUACGAAGCUUGAACAAGCCUGGGACUACCGACAGAGCACCGGCUCCUGGUGCUGAUGAAGUGACAUCACCUGAUUCCCUACAAGAGGCUCGACCACAGACAACAAGCACUGGAUAA